AUGGGCAGUCGUCUGGAGCUCUACUUCCGGCCAUCGGAGGCCAGCUCAGCCUUGCCGCGAAAAUACACCGACCUUGAAAUUCAGCAGAUCGCGAGCAUCUUGGAGGAAGGUGAAGAAGAAAGCUGGAGCAAGGUGCCCAGAACAUACAUCGUUCUAAGGAUCAUUGGGCGGCUUGACUUGAUGAACGACCUCCUCCAUUUCGGCUUCACAGAUUUCUGUUUUCCAGUGCAAGCGAGAUCUCUACCGCCAAGUCUUCCGUCAUCAACCCGCAACGCCUUUGUAGAAGCACAACCUGCAGUACUUACCAAAUCGGUGAACCUGGAGAAGGAGAAUGGUCGACAUGGUCAUUUUGCCAAAGGGGAACCGGUUCCAUUCAAAAUCCUUGGAAAGCUCGGCUCUGGCGCAUACAGUCAAGUGCAUCAGAUUCGAAGCAACAUUGGCUUCAAGGAUUAUGCACUCAAGCGGAUUCGUCGCCGCAUCGCCUUCGGAAAUGACGCAAGGGAGGGCUUGAAGCAGUUCAUUUCUGAAAUGGAAAUCAUCAAGUCUUUGCGGCAUCGGCACAUGGUUGAGUUCGUGGGCAGUUAUACAGACCCCGAUUACCUGGCUCUUGUCAUGUCUCCCGUGGCCGAAAUGAACCUUGCUCAGCUUCUCGACAAAAGCUGUCGAGCUGGACUCAAACACGCUGAAUCAGAAGCGCUGAGGAGUUUUCUGGGAUGCCUUGCGUCCGCACUGGAAUACUUGCACAGCUGUUCAAUACGGCACAGGGACAUCAAGCCACAAAAUAUCCUGAUAGAAAAUGGGAAUAUCCUUUUCACUGAUUUCGGCUUGUCUAAAAACUACUCCGGCGACAUCGACAGCAUCACCUCCGGUUUGACCGUCAAAACGCAUAAAUACUGUGCCCCAGAAGUGGCCGAUGGUAGUUCCCGCAACUCAUCCUCUGAUGUCUGGUCUUUGGGCUGUGUGUUCCUGGAGAUGGUCUCUGUACUGAACGGUAUCAACAUCCCAUCGAUGAAAGCUUUCUUCCAAGAGAAUGGUACCGAAGAGUCAUCGUUCCACAGGAAUCCAGAGGCAAUCACACUUUUCAUACGCGAAAUCUCGCGCUCGGCCAUGGACAACAAAGCUGUUGAUAUCACAAGCAGAAUGUUGGCAUUUGAACGCACUUCGAGACCAACAGCUUCCGAGAUAUUCUCCUUCCUGACCACUCCGCGCACUGAAGACGAGUUCGCCACGAAGUAUUGUGGUCUUUGUUGUCUGAACGAAUACGCAUCGGACUCGCAUGAUAGCCUCUGCGAGGAGGACCCUUCAGAACAUUCAUGCCUCAAUGCCCAGCCAGAUUCUGUUCCAGUCUUUUCCAUAGCAGAGUCGCCUACAGACGAAGAAGAGAGACUCAGCGAUAGAAAAGCAUAUCCCCGUGAUGGCCUUCGGCUCGCCAGCUUUUCGUCGAAUGAUACAACGGCCGUAAGCGCAAGUGCGGAAGACUUGAAUGCACCCGCCCGCGCCGAGGAUUUCAGUGCGGCAUCACGCCCUCAGGCACCGGAAAGACGAGCUGCAUCUGCUGCAGCAAUCCAAUCAAGUCUGUCACCAACAGUGCCCGCCAAGUCUUUGACUAGCAGAGUAUCAGAUGACAAGCCUCCGUGUGUUUUUGGCGUUUCGGUACGGGAAAGCAUAGCAUACGCCUACAGCGAGAUUGCCCUCUACGAUGGUUUCGGUAAAGCUUACCUUCAUGGACGCGUUCCUAUAAUCGUAGCAAAAUGCGUUGAACGGUUGCAGGAGAAUGAUGUGAUAUGGGAGAAAAUCAUCUACGAGCGGCCGGUCUUGGAAGCUGAUAAGCCAUCAUACCUUGAAACCCUCCAGAAGACGUUCGAUGACGCCAAAGGGUACGGGAAGCAAUACAGGACACAUGGAGGUGGCACCUCGUACUGGUUUGGCGGUCUCCUUCUCCUAUACAUGGAGCAACUGCCUGAACCUAUCAUUCCUUCGGAUUUUUAUGAGGCGUUUCGCGGUCCUCUUCGCGAUAGACAACCGUCGAAAUUCCCAUUCGCAGUGUCGACGUUGAGCGGUUCGGAUGCAACUUCGGUAGUGGAUAUCUACGCCACACUGAUCAUGGAAUUGCCUUCUUGGAGCAAGAUGGUCCUACUCAGCGUCUUGCAGUUGGCAGCUUUGGCGUCCAAGAGGAACGGCCUCUACAGCCUUCCCAAAGUUGGAAGCAACCACAAGGAGAGCCGAUUGAGCCAUGCAGUUAUCGAGUUUCUCAUUGAGAAUAUGGAGAAGCUUAUUCAGGGCUUACAAGGUUCAAGGGGUGCAGAGGAAACAAUACACGACCAAUUCGAAAUAGGACAAGACGGAUACAUGGGUUGGUGCCGAUAUUAG